ACAGAGAAGAGCCAAGUGUCAAAAUAAAUGCAGAUCAGAAGGAGAGGAUAACGAACAUUUUAUCUAUUCAAAUAUGAAUCGUCCUCAGCCUAAAUUAAUAAUGACUCCAGAGAUGGAGGAGAAGUUUGAAUCAGAAUUAUUAUGGUGUAUACAACAAUUACAGAGUGCUUUGAAAUCUGGAAAAUUGAGUAAAAAACAAAGUGAUAGCACUCUUAAAUCCCUUAAUGUUUUGAUGGGAAAUUCCUCAAUUGUGAAGAAACGGCAGACAAUGAGAGUUCUUUUUGGAGACUACAGAGCUAAAAUGAUAGAUGAAGAAAAGAAGUUGUCUAAGUGCCAUCUCAAGUUGACAGUGGAACCUAUGCAGCCACAUAAAAAUUCAAAAUGUUUGAAGAAACAUACUCAGUUGAACGAUACAACAGAAUGUAAAUUAGCCAAAAAUAUACCUGAAAUUAUCAUUUAUGGUCCUCAACAAGAAACAGAGCCAAAUUCAAGAUUCAAAUUUUUACCUUCAGACAAUAGUUUCAGGUUCAAUUUUAGUUAAUACUUUGGAUAUUUUUGUGGUAUUUACAAAGCUUUUUCAUGGUUGAAUAUAAUAUGAUACUUGAGAGAUAUGGAUUAAUAAGAGAUAAAUAAUUCUCUAAGAGAGAUCUAAGAGAUAUUUUACUAUUCUGAUGGAAUUUCAUUAGUGAAGAAAUAAUAAUCUAAUUAUAUUGAUUAUAAACUGGUUGAA